AUGAAAGCUGCCAUUUUGAUUGUUUUAGUUGCUCUGGUGGGCAGCAGCGUUGCCCUCUCGCUGGCACGUGCCGGUCCGCCAGCCAAGACUAAGUCAAAGCCAAGCCAAGCGAAUGACUCCAAAUACGACCAUAUUGUGGCCGAGGUUCGACCUCUUGGCGUGAAGCAUCAACAGCAGAUGAUAAUAGAUAUUGAGCCCCAGCAUCCUGAGCAUCUUGUCGAGGUUGAGCUCAAGAAGGAGCAAAAGCCACAACAUGUGGAGUUCGAAAUCAAGCAUGAGCAGACAAAGCCUCAGCAUGUUGAAGUCGAGAUCAAGCAGAAGGAGCAGAAGCCUCAUCAUGUGGAAGUUGAGCUCAAGCAGCAGCACGAAGAGGCCCAUCAUGUUGAAUUUGAGAUCAAGCAGCAGCACAAGCCACAGCAUGUGGAGCUGGAGAUCAACCAGGAACAGAAGCCACAACAUGUUGAAGUCGAGAUCAAGCAGAAGGAGCAGAAGCCUCAUCAUAUGGAAGUGGAGAUCAAGCAGCAGCAGCCGGAAGCACAGCACGUGGAAUUGGAGAUCAAGCAGCAGCAUGUAGAGCACAAGCCACAGCACGUUGAGGUCGAGAUCAAGCAGAAGGAACAGAAGCCUCAUCAUAUGGAAGUAGAGAUCAAGCAGCAGCACAAGCCACAGCAUGUUGAGCUGGAGAUCCACCAGGAACAGAAGCCACAACAUGUUGAGUUCGAUAUCAAGCCACAGCACGAAUCGCAUCACAUUGAAUUGGAGCUGGUGAAGCCAGUUCAGGAGCACAGCGAAUCGCAGUAUGUGCAGUUGUCUGUUUAA